AUGACUUGCUGGGAUGGCAUUGCUCAAAGCGAUGCGAAAAUUGUUGUUAUUGGGGCAACAAACAGACCUGAAUUUGUCGAUGAAGCCAUACGACGCCGUUUGCCUCUUAAAAUAGAGGUACCCCCUCCAGAUGAGAAAUGCCGUCGCAAAAUUCUGAAAGUUCUUCUGGAACAUGAUUUGAAGGAUAAUCCCAAUAAGGAGAAUAUAAUUGAGUUUGUUACGGCAAAAACGGCGCGCUACACCGGUUCGGAUUUGACUGAACUGUGCAAAGCCGCAGCUUUGAUACCUCUGCAUGAAAUUGUCGAAGACGGUGUUGUGCCCCCGCUGGAGAUUUGCCAUUUUGAGAAGGCACUUCAGCGGGUUCAGCCGUCUUUGUGA